GUUUACUCUAUUCAGCACACUUUCCGUAGCCAACGCAAGGCACUUCUUGAGGCACUGCAUCGCGCCCGGCCGCCCGCGGGUCUCGACUAGCCCAGCCGCCGCGCCGCCCUCCCCGUCGCCGCCGCCGCCGCCGCCGUCGCAGGUCGCCUUCCCUGUCUCCGUCCCCACCAGCCGCAGCCCCUCCCCGUCCACCCGCCGCGCUGCGACGGCCGGACUGCCGCCCUCCCGGUGCCCGCAGGCUUAGUGCGGCGGCCGCCGGCAGCCGCCGCCACAACCGGCUACCGCCCGCUCCAUUGGCCCAAUUUAGAAGGCCUGCGAAAUCUCGGGUGUUCAUAAAUCUUGAUAGAUGGUAGUAUCAUUUGACUGAAGUACCUCUAGCCUCUCCAGUUAAUUUAUUGCGAGGGGCAAGAUCAUGUCGGCGGAAGCACAUAAGCUUCGGUUCGUUAGAUGCCCAAAAUGCCUCCAGCUUCUUGUGGAAUAUCCAUCCAUUUCUGUCUACCAGUGCGGUGGCUGUGGUGCUGUUCUUAGAGCAAAGAACCGAUUCAUGUCUGUCACACAAACUGGAUCCAAACCUGAUGAACACAACAAUAUUUCAAGUAGCUUGAAUGGGUCCUCUCAGGACAACGAAUCAGCUUGCUCAGAUGGACAGAAAAUUGACUCUUCUAGUGCUCAGCCUAAUGAAGACGCUGUGGAGGAAAACAUUCCCUCCACUACCAAGGAUGCAAAAUCAUGUGAAGCAGUAAAUCAAGAACAAAAUACGACCACUGUACAGAGCGUAACCCCUACCGAGGAUGAGAAUAAGGAGAAAUGUCCUACAACUGAUGCAGAUAUCCGAGACACUGGUUGUAUGGUCAAAGUGCCACAUGAUAUGUGCACUGGAGCUGAUUCUAGUCCUAUGUUGAUUGACAAAGUAGAGAAUAUUGGCACAAGUGAAAAUACAGACUUGGGAAAAGGUUACAGUUACGAUUGUGUAUCUGAUGGAAAUGCUGGUAGUGAUGUUGCUGCUGUCCACAUUGCAGGUGAGGAACCAGGAGCAAUUUCUAAUCAUAGUAUGAAGGGGGAGGUAGAUAGUGUGACUGACCAAAUAUUUUCUGUUAGCAAUAAAAAUGUGAACUGCAAAGAGUUAGAUGAAAGAACCAAUCUGUGUAAGGAAACUGAGGCCAAGUCUUGUAAUGAAUUGAUUCAAAUGGAGGAGAGGUCACAGCCGAAUGAAGGUUUUCAUGUUGAAUCUCAUGAAGAUCUGAUUGAAGAAUUGGAAAGAUCUCUAUCAUUUAGUGAUGAUGAAGAGAGCUUGUUGGAUGCAACUGGCAACAAUGAACUUAAUGAAGCUCUACAGUUUCAAAUUGGUAGCAGGAGAUUUUCUCCAGGUAGCAAAAUGAAUGAUGCUUCUCGAAGUGAUCCUCAUGGUCGACUGAUUGAAGAACUGGAGAGAUCUUUCAGUGAUGCAGAAGAAGCAGCGGAGCAGCAUGUUGUGGUUGUGGAUAAGGUCAUUACAGAGAGAGAUUUUGGUAAUGAGCAUGGCAAGGUUCCAACUUCCCUGGUUGCUGAAAGUGGACAUCCAUGUGAAGGAAACAUCUCAUCAUAUGAUGAUGGGCAUCAGAAAUCUGGUCAGAGUUUUCAACAGAAUGAACUAACAGCUGAUGAAACUGAAGAAAAGGAGCAUGGUCUCUUGGAAAAUGACAGCAAGAUCAACUGUAUUCAUGGGAAUGAGCAUGCCAUGGUUGCAGACAAUGACAUUGCAGAGAUUCAUAGUGAGCAUGAUAAGGAUCCACAGUUGCUGGAUGGUGAAAGUGCAAAAUUAUGUGAAGGAACCAUUUCUUCAUUUGAUGGACAUCUCAAAUCUGGACAAUGUUUUCAAGAAGAUGAGCCAACUGCUGAUGGAAAUAAACAAAAGGAGGAGAGCCAUAUGGGCAAUAACAAUGUGACCGACUGUGCACAUGAGGAUAAUGCAACUGUUGUUGGUUUCUCAAGCUUGUCAAAUGAUGGGAUUCACUGCAAAUCACCUAUAUUUAAUGAGAAAGAAGAAGAGAGAUCAGAUAAAUACAGAGCUAAUCAACUUUAUCAGGGACUUUCACUUGAUUCUGAGGACUUCAUGUCAAUCCAAAACUUUAUCGAGUCACAAAUGGAUGGGACAUCAAGUUCUCUCUCAAGUGGGUCUCCCAAUCAAGGAAAUUUGUCUCUGAAAUCAUCAACCAAAUUCAAGUUUGAUCGACUUGAGCGCCUCAAGAAGAUCGAUGAGCUAAGAGAUCAGCUAAAUAGGCUUUGUAGCAAAAAGCGCUUGGAGAAUAGGUAUCGGAUGAAAGGCCUUGAGUACCAGCCACAACUGAGUAGCUACUACGUUGACCAACAUAGUCAAAAUGUUGAUGCAGAUUCCAUCCAAAGUUCCUCUACUCUAGGGUCCUAUUAUUGGAAUGGAAAGCAACCAAGUUACCCUCCACGAAACCAGUUCUCGCCACCUCAUUCAUGCACACACUGCCAUUUUGGGCAUGUGGAAACGCACAUGCCACACAAUUAUGGUGCUUGGGAUGAGUUCAAUUCGUAUUACCAGCCUUCAUAUGCUGGAAGCUCAAUCAUUGAUCAUGACUCACUCAAUUCAAGCUACAAGGAGCAGAAGCGAGUGGUGCGAAAGCAUAUUUUGCGGCCUGUGUCAGGUGCUUCACCAUUUACAGUAUGCAAUAGCUGUUUCAAUUUAGUUCAAAUGCCAUCAGAUAUCUACAUAUCCAAAACAAAGAUGGGCAAAAUGCAGUGCGGCCAGUGCUCCAAGGUUCUUGUAUUAUCAUUUCCUGCCAUACACCACGCGUGUGCAAAUAGCAGUAAGGAGGUAGCCUCAAAAUCAAACAAGCACAAAGGCAGCAUAGUCGUUAAGCCUGAGGAUGCUGCUUCUCAUUUUGCUGAGUCCUUUACUCGAGAUCCUGUCAGUAUGAAUGAAGAAUAUGGAGCAUCUUUCACAAGAAGCUUCUCUACUCAAGCUGGAUCAGCCCUUGCUGCCUCACAAAGUGGCAAGAAUGUUUCAGAUUCGACACUUCAUAGACUCAUGGGAUAUGAUUCAGCAAGCCAGCUACUACAUGACUUACGUCACAGCAAGGUUUAUGAUGACGGAUACGAGAGCUUUGAGUCAAUGGUGCCAGUAUCCAGCAGAGUAUCCAGAAGAAAGAACACUUGAGGUUUUGCAGUGCUCCUUGUAAGCAGGAUUAUAAGGCAAACAGUUUUGCGGAUCCGUUGUUAAGUUCGUUUUUGAAAACAUGCGGACAUCUUGCCUGCAAAUAGUUUCACAGGUUUUCCCAUGGAAAUCUGAAUCCAUUUGAUGUUAUUGUUUGUCAGAUUCUUUGGUCAUCUUGGUAUAUGUGCUGUAUAUUCUUUUGCUGUAAAUUUGUUAAUAUUCAAGAUUAUUAUAACAUUUUGUGCUGUUAGUAUCUGAUGUUUGUGUGGAAUGUGGCUCAAACUAAAUAAAUGAGGUGAUAUUCGGGUA